AUGAUUUGUCACGGUAGCGUGUUGGCAGAGUUUGUGAGAUUGUGUAAGAGAAAUGAGAUUGAACGUUCUGGUAAACUUCAACGCAACGAGAUGGAAGGAAAUGUCGCUAGAGCUGCGAGGAAUAGAGAAUGGGAGAAGGUUCGACGACUGGUGGAACAAGGAGGGAACGUGAAUGAUGUGGAUCAUAAAUUGUUAUGGUACAGAAGAACAGCUCUGCACUUUGCUGCCUAUUAUGGAAAUUCAGAUAUUUGUUCGUUGUUGCUGUCACGAGGGGCGAACGUCAGUCAGACAGACGAGAAUGGAGAUACGCCGCUUCAUCUCGCUGCUUAUUUUCAUCAUGUCGAUAUCUGUCAACUGUUAGUUGAUCACAAAGCAGACGUUACUUCUGUCAACAAUAGAGGUGAAACUCCCCUUCACAGAGCUGUUCAUAGUGACUUGGGUGACUUUUCCGUUGUGUGCUCUUCCGCUGUGUGUCGUCCACUGAUAACAAAUGAGAGUGUGAAUGUAGCAGAUCGUCUUGGUAACCGCCCUUUACACAUAGCAGCUAGUAAUGGUGACAUUCAGACUGUCCAGCUGUUAGUGGAUUCAGCUGGUAGAUGGAUAGACUGUCCUGAAUUGUGUUCUAUUUUACUAAAACAUAAUGCCAAGAUUGAUGCAGUGGAUAAAGAUGGAAACCAACCACUACACUUGGCUUGUAAACGAAGGCAUGCAGCAACUGUAAAUUUAUUGUUAUCUCAUGGGGCUGAUGUAACUGCUCUAAACAAGCAACAACAAAGACCUUUACAUUUGGCAAAUAAAUCAAUAUUAAACUCUUUUCAAGUACACAGUGGUGAUCAUGCUCUACACAUAGCAGCUAGAAAUGGUGACAUUCAGGCUGUCCAGCUGUUAGUGGAUUGUGGAGCAGAUGUAAAUGCAUUGAAUGGAUGUGGACAAACACCACUACAUACAGCAGCUGGCGGAGAGAAAGACUGUCCUGAAUUGUGUUCUAUUUUACUAAAACAUAAUGCCAAGAUUGAUGCAGUGGAUAAAGAUGGAAACCAACCACUACACUUGGCUUGUAAACGAAGGCAUGCAGCAACUAGAAAUUUAUUGUUAUCUCAUGGGGCUGAUGUAACUGCUCUAAACAAGCAACAACAAAGACCUUUACAUUUGGCAAAUAAAUCAAUAUUAAACUCUUUUCAAGUACACAGUGGUGAUCAUGCUCUACACAUAGCAGCUAGAAAUGGUGACAUUCAGGCUGUCCAGCUGUUAGUGGAUUGUGGAGCAGAUGUAAAUGCAUUGAAUGGAUGUGGACAAACACCACUACAUACAGCAGCUGGCGGAGAGAAAGACUGUCCUGAAUUGUGUUCUAUUUUACUAAAACAUAAUGCCAAGAUUGAUGCAGUGGAUAAAGAUGGAAACCAACCACUACACGUGGCAUGUGAGGCUGCUUUAACAUCAACAGUUCAACAUCUGUUGGAUUGCAAUGCUGAUGUGCUUGCUACCAAUAAUUUUUAUCAAACUGCUCUUCAUAAGGCAGCUUGUAGCAAGAGAGAUUGGCCUGAGGUUUGUGUGAUGCUUAUAGCAAAGGGAGCUCAAGUGAAUGCUACAGAUGGCAGUGGAGACACAUCUCUACAUGUUGCAUGUCAGAAAGGAAAUAUGAAAACAGUUGACGUGUUAGUUGAAAAUGAUGCUGAUUGCAAUGUAUUGAAUGUGUGUGGUGAGACAUUACUGCACUUGGCUUGUAAGAGUCGUGUUGAAUGUGUUGAGUUGUGUGAUAAGUUGAUAUCACAUGGAGUGAACCCUCGUAUAGCUGACAGAGAAGGAAACUUACCUUUACAUGUUGCUUUGAAGAACAGACUUACUAAGACAUUUGGCUGGCUGUUUGAACGUUUAGGUAGGCCCUCGUUAGAUGACUUAGAAAAGGUGAAUAUUGGUAAAGAAGAUCUUGUAGCCAAUUUAGAUAGUGCCAAUGAAGCUGGUGACACUCGUUUGUGUCAUCACAUUUUAGAACUAAUUGCUAAGUUAGACACUUCAAAUGAGCUUAGUUUGGGUGCAUUAAACUGCUGUUCCAGUUCAGGUUACUUGCUCCUUCACACAGCAAUUCAAAAGCAGGACUUUACUUUGUGUCAGUAUUUGAUUGAUCAUGGAGCAUCUGUAAAUGCUGAGGUUGUACCUCUACACAAUGAUCGACGUCGUAUUUAUAAUGAACAUCCUCUACAUCUAGCAGCAGAGUUGGGAGACAUUGAUUUAUGUCAAUUACUGAUAGAACACGGUGCUAUUGUUGAUGCUGAGAUGAAGGGAGGGAGAACUGCAUUACAUUUAGCCAUAGUUAAACAGGAUAACAAUGUAGCACAACUUCUUAUGUCACAUGGAGCUGAUUUGAGGAAAGUUGUAAUUGGAAAAGAAUCUGCUGUAAAGAGAUCAGAAAAACGAGGAAAUCUCAAAAUGGCAUCAAUAAUUCAAGCUUUUGAAACAUUUCCUGAAGAGAUUGUGUCUCAAGGAGAGACAGCAUUGCGUAUCUAUCUGUCAAGUUGUGAUGAGGGAUCAGCAGUGAAUGUGUUUUUACGUGUUGAUGUUGUCGGUCGUGAUGGUGCCGGUAAGACGAGCUUAACAAAAUCUCUCACUCUGCAGAAGUUCAAUCGUGAUGAGCCGAGCACAAGAGGAGUGGUGUUUGAUCCAAAGUGUCAGAUUAUUGUGAAGGAAGCAUGUGACUGGACCAACCCUCUCACAAGUGCUGACUACACAGAAAUAUAUGAGAAGAAUGUUGUGAUCAAUAUGGCAGAUACACUCGACACACCACAAGUGAAAGAUCAAUAUUUCAAGUCAAAAGAAGGUCAACGACCAAAGAGACAGAAACUCAGUCGUGUUGCAAGCAAAUCAUCAAAGCAAGACUCAAACAUGCAAGCAGUCUCUGUUCCUUUUACUGAUGAUAUUGAGGUUGCAAAAAGUCAGGAAUCACAAUUUGAUGUUGUGCAGCAGUCACCCAUUCCUUCUCCUAUUAUGAAUGCAAUCAAGUCUUUGACACAGGAUUUGGAUUUACAAUCAUUCCCUGCUAUGUCUGAAUAUGACAUUGAAUCUUUACUGUAUCAUGGGGUUGAUUCAUCCCAGAUGUCAUCCAUACAUUCUCCUGUUAUGAAUCCUAUGUUGAGUGUUGCUACAGCUACUAAUGAGAGGUCUGAUGAUAUCUCAUCAUUGUUGUCGGAGACACAGCAAACAAUUUCAGCAGUUUCUGAACCUCCUCAGUUGGCUGCAUCAGAUAUGCAGCAGUCACUGCAGAUGCCAUUAAAUUUGUCAACAUGCAAAGAUUCUAACGUCUUUCCUCCCAACACAGCUACAGAAUGGCAAUCACCAAGUGCUUGA